UUUGUAUGUGAUACUAGCAAAAUUGUGUGGUUUUUGUAUUGUUAAUACUUGACAAAUUUUCCAGAUUUUAUAAUUCUAUAGGUUUUAUGAAGAUUGAUUAGGAAUUUGAAAGGAAGGCCCAAACCGCAGGAAACACUUGAUAUGGAUACAACGAAAGUUACCGCCUACGAUGUUAUGCGUAUGCAGGACUUCAAGGCGUAUUCAUUUAGACCUGGUGAAAUUUACCCCAGCGUCAGGCCCCCUGUGCCACGGUGUCCGCCUGCAUUCACGGAAAAGUGGAUAUUCAAUGUUGCUGAAAACACAGGCUGUAAAUCGAUUGAUCCCAACCUCUACUCCAACAAAAAGAUUUCCCAGCCGGAGAAUGUUGUCACGCAAACAAGAUUCGACAGACCCACUUCAUCGGGUAAAUAUAUUUGCAGUCAAGUGAAUCUAGCUCAGAGAAACAUUGAUUAUAGCAAGCUCACGCCGUACGAUAUGAUGCGAAUGUUUAAUUGCAAGCCAGCCGACUUUCGCGAAGUUGAGAUUUAUCCAUCUAUUAGACCCGAAGUAUCUAAGUGUUGUCCUGCUUUAACAGCAGAGUAUUUGACCGACGCAGUUAGGGAUAGUGGAUGUAAGCGUCAUUUCGAUAUGGAAUUCGAUGAUAUUAUGGAGGUGUGGAGGCAAAGCCCCAAUAAGGAAACAUUAAGCUACUACGGUGUGGGCACAGGAAUUCACAAGCCGGAGGCUGUUGUGUUUAACCAAGCAAUUGCAAAGUGUCUUAAAGAAGUCAGUCCGCAACAGCCCAAACCAAAGGAAGUGCCUAAAAUACCAGCUCCGACUGACUCAGAUAGCGAGCCACCGGGAUAUGCUAUUCUCAAUCGUCCAAAUCUGCAUGCUGCAGUUAAGAAAAUGCCCAUCAUUAAGGACGCUGUAAAUGCGAUGGGCACCUUUCGAUGGAUGUAUUGUCCCCGUGAUGAGGGCGAGUUCGUUGCAUCUAAGCCUUUUCCGAUCGAAAAAGCUCUGGACAUGGAACAACCACCUAAGAAGUCCCUGCAUGGCCUUAGGCGAAAACACAAGUACUGUGAUCUGCAAUGUGGUAUUCCCACAAACAUAUGCACUCAGCUUGAGUGGUUUAAAUACAAAGAAAAUCAAAAUUUAUAUGAAGCAAAGUAUCAACAAGAGAUAGAUGAUUUGAAGAACGAAUUAGCAGCGGAAUUGGGAUUGGGAUUGGGAUUGGGAUCGGGAUUGGGAUCGGGAUUGGGAUCGGGAUUGGGAUCGGGAUUGGGAUCGGGAUCGGGAUUAGAUAAAAAUAAGGAACAAAGGUUGGGAGAUCAUAAUGCAGGAGCUACCGGGCCACGACUACAUUCUAAAUUAGUAUCUCGACACUCACAGCCGAAGAACUAUGACGAACUAUAUAAAACUUUGAUUCCAUUUUUUGAAUAUAAAAAGAAGGUGAAUAAAACCAAUGAGAAUAGCAGUGAUAGCGUGAGUGAUAGUUCGAUUGGUUCCCAUAUAUCAUCACAAUUAAUACCUGAUGAUUUUAAACGAACAAGUAAAAAACGAACUAACUUAAGAAAAAAACAUUCAAGAAUUCCACCUCGACGGUCCCCGAAGAGAAAGUCUGUGGGACGUUCUAGCCCAGCUAAGGAUAGUGCAUCAGAGCAUGUGCUUUUUCGGGAAGAGUCGGAUGUGGCGCUUGAAAAAACACAAACAAUAGUGCAGCCACACGAUAAAGAUGGUGAAAACGAUGGAGUGAAGGAUUGCCCUUGUGAAAUAUGCGAAUUUAUGCAACGUCGCAAGAGAGAGCCAGACUCGCCGUUAAUCCAGCAAAUGAAAAGAGAAAUCAAGCAAAGAGAUCUGCGGAAUUACUACAAGCAAAUGCGCCACUGUCAAUAUAUGAAAUGCCGUCAAGCCGAAUAUCCCGCUCCCCAGCACAAGUGCGAUCCCAUUCAGUGCGACGACAGCUUCUGUGCCAAUCAAAAGUUAGCAGGAUACUGCGACUGCUUAAACGCUAUGGAAAAUCUGAAAAAGUUACUGGGUCCCAAACAAUGCAUUGUGGAUUGUCAAGUGUGGUCCAACAUAAACGAAAUUCAAGAUCGCAUCUAUCGUCGCCUACGUGAGUGUUUUUAGCCACGCGAACGAUUUUAAAUUUAACUUAUUUUUUUAAUGUUUUGAAAGUCCGUAAUGUGA